AUGAUCACUAAUAAUGAAGAGUUAUCUGAUCAGAGUACUUAUCAGAGGUUGAUUGGUAAACUGAUAUACCUUACAAUGACCAGACCUGAUAUAUCAUUCAGUGUACAGAAUUUAAGUCAGUUCCUACAAAGGCCAAAAGAGUCACACAUGGAAGCAACUAUUAGGAUUGUAAGAUACCUUAAGAAUCAACCUGGCCAAGGUAUCUUACUAUCAAGCAAAGAAAACAGCACUAUCACAGACUACUGUGAUGCAGAUUGGGCUGCUUGCCCAUUGACAAGAAAAUCAGUCUCAAGUUACUUAGUAAAGAUGGGUGAAUCCCUGAUAACUUGGAAAGCUAAGAAGCAGACCACAGUGUCUAGAAGCUCAGCUGAGGCUGAGUAUAGAAGCCUUGCCAACACUGUUACUGAGCUGGUAUGGAUACUAGGAUUACUUAAAGAAAUUGGCAGGGAAGUUGCAACACCUGUCAAGAUAUACAGUGACAGCAAAGCUGCAUUACAAAUAGUAGCAAUCCAGUUUACCACGAGAGAACUAAACACAUAA